AUGCCUCCUAUCAAAGGACAGUCAGUCGUCAUUGUAGGUGGCUCCUCUGGCAUAGGUGCUGCUGCAGCUAAGCUCGCCUGUGUUGAAGGCCUCAAGGUAGCCAUUGCUUCGUCCAACCAGAGCCGCGUCGACCAAGCCAUCAAGAAGAUACAGGACGUAGUGCCUGAUGCCCAGAUCUCAGGCUUCACUGUCGAUAUCAGCGGGGACGACAUGGAGUCGCGUCUGGAGAAGCUAUUCACCGAUGUCACAGAGGCCAAUGGAGGGCAGAUCGACCAUGUCAUUCUGACCGCUGGAGUUGCCAACAUCAAACCUAUUUCGGAGUUUACCACUGAGUAUUUCAAAGAAGUUGCUCCGCUCCGCCUCGUCGCCCCGAUACUCAUCGCAAAGCUAGCCCCACGUUUCCUCGAGCCACACUGGACGUCCUCCAUCAUCUUCACUGGCGGCCAGGUCGGUGAGAAACCUGUAAAGGGGUACGCCGUGGGUGCCGGGUGGGCUGCUUCACUCUACGGGACCGUCCGCGCCCUCGCCCUCGAGCUGGCGCCGAUCCGGGUUAACGCAGUCAGUCCUGGCGCAACGGCCACAGAGCUCUGGGGGCCGCCGGGGGAGGCGCGCGAGAGGCUGGAGACUGCCGUCUCCGCGAGGGCGCUGCUGGGCAAACCUGGGCUGCCCGAGGAGGUUGGCGAGGCUUAUAUCUAUCUGAUGAGGGACACUAAUAACACUGGGAGCGUGAUCAGCUCUAGUGGAGGCUCUUUGGUUCAGUGA